UUAUGCAUACGACGAAGAAGAAGACGGAGGCGCACACUACGUUUUGUUGUUGUGGCUGUAGUACCCAUGUCCACUGUCAUUUAAACUAAGUUCGUCUGGAAUCUAAACCGUCUGCUAUUUUGUUGUUCACCUGGAAGUCAGUCUCCGGGAAAUAUGUUCCACGGUCGGCCUCCGCCGAGGGGACCUUUCGACGGCCGCGGGCCGCCGCCAUCACGGCCUUACCCGCUAGCAGGCCACGGAGAUGACAGGAACCGAAUCCGACCCCCAUACCACUCCGGGUACCACGACCACGACCACGGACACACGGACUACCGGCGCUCACCUCCGUACCGUAAUUACGCUCCCAAGCCCUCAGGAGGCUACCGAGGUGGAGGGCAUUGGUCCUGUGCUCCGCACAGAGAAAGGUCCCAUUCACCCCGCCAGACGCUUCCGGUUAACCACAACCUCGUCAUCACUGUUGGCAACGAGCUCACAGGCUCCUCCCCCUCACAACGUCACGACAGAGAUCUUCAUCGCAAGUAUGAGCGCAGUCACAGCCGAGACCGGAGUCCGGACCGGAGCCGUGCGAAGAGUCGUGGACGCAGCAAGAGCCGGGCGAGGAGCAAGAGCCGCCAUCACAGCCGCAGUUUAGACCGCGGCCGGGCUCAGAGCCGCGGACGCAGUAAGAGCCGCCCUCGCAGCAGGUCCAGGUCCAGAGAGGAGAGUCGUGGGCGGUCUUCAAGUAAAGCACCAAGCCGGGCCCGCAGUAAAAGCAGGAAGAGGAGGAGUCAGAGCAGCUCCAGCAGCUGCAGUAGCGCUGAACACAAACUGCGAGGUGGUGGGCGCAGGAUGGAGCUGGAGGACAUGUGGAGUCUGCCCACUAAGUCCAUUUUGAAGAAGCGCACCGAUUAUGAGGAUUCGCCUUCAGUCAAGAGCACAGAUUUGCCCAGAGGCGUGGAGACGUCCAGCAUGUCUCACGUGGCUGAGCAGCUGCUGCAGGCCGUCAGAGGGAUGGAACCGACUGCCGUGGCGUCCAUGUUGUCAGAGCUGCAGUCCGACCCGCAAAUGGCUCAGCGCGCCAACAUCAAUGAGAUCCUAAACCUGCUGGAUCCGCUCGUGACUGAAAGAGCAAAGAGUCCAGACGAGACAGCGGUUGACAUUGACGACGAGGAGAAGUUUCUGUAUGGAGAGUCGGCUGAGCCCAAGACGCCUGCGCCGCCCCAACUGCCUCAAAACCUCAUGUUUGAUCUGUACGGGGAUGUGACGGAGGAGGUGCUGUAUGGUGAUCUUCUGCCACCUACCACUGCCGCCGCUUCAGUGUAUGACAUCCCAACAGUGGCUUUGCCUCAUCUUCAGGCUCCUCGCACCACCAGCGAGAUCAACACCACCUGCCUGCCCUCCAGCCUCAAACCCAACAAUGUGGGCAAAGUGUUGACUCAAGCCCCCCAGCUGGAGCAUGUGAGGGAUCAGCAGGCACGGGACGAGUACCAGAAUAUCCAGAGCUUGCUGAAAACCAUCGGCUUUGACCUCGGCAUGACCGAGAUCACUAAAAUGGCCGCCAGGACCAAGGAGCGGCUGGAGGGAAAUAAGCCAAGUCGCAAGACAGCGAUGCAACGCAGACGUCACUCGUCCAGCAGCUCAGAAAACAGCUGCAGGAAGCGGCGCCACAGCAGCAGUAGCAGCUCCAGCUCUACCAGCGAUGUGAGUGGCGGCCUCGUGACCAACUGGACCACUGAAGGCGGCCGCAGCAACACAACCGCCCCCUCCACACCCUACCAAGACGCCAAAGCAGAGUGCAGCACCGCCAUCUCGAAAGAGUUGGAACAGCAAGCAUCCGACAGCACUGCCCCGCCGCCAUCAAGGGUGCCUAUUCCUUCCUACCCCCCACCUCAAGUCCACAACAUGAUGCCCCCAGGCUACCUGCCGCCGGGCUAUGCCCAGUACGGCAACUUUGUGCCCUACACACACCCGCAGUGGCCACCGAUGUACCCGCCCCCUGGCAUGACUCUGCCCCCGCCACCCAACAACAAUUUCAACCCCGCUCUGCCGUACAGCCAAGCUUUCGACCAGCAGCCCCCGGAGUCCAAAGUCAAAGGAGCACCUAUGGUUGCCAGUCAAGUGUCAGAGCAAGAAAAUAAUGAAAGCCAGAAACAGAAGGUUCUGGAGGAGCGUGAGAACCUGAAACAGGAGCGGGACUUGCGAAUGAAGAAGAAGGAAUAUCUGAUGAAAGAACUGGAGAAGCUCCGCAAGCAGCAAGGUGAGCUACUGAGGAGGAAGCGGCGGGAGAAAGAUGGCCACAAAGAUCCACUGCUGCAGGAGAUCGGCCGCCUGCAGGAGGACGUCAUCAAACAGAUCUCCAACCUCCGCAAGGAGCAUGAGGCUGCCGAGAAGAAACGCAGUGAGAUUGACAAGGUGGCGCUCAUUCUGGGCCUCACACCCUCUGACCGCCCCCGUAAAUUGUCUGACACGCGGGAAGAUGACGUGCCGCAGCCCCGAAGCAAGAAGCAGGAGGCAGAGCAUAGUCCUGGGCAGGAGCAAGAUGGUGGCAUGUCCCAGAAGCAAACCAUCUUGGCACCAAACCAGCCGUCUGUCAUUUCACCUUCCCCGCCCCCUGACCCAUUUGAGUACUAUGAUGCUGGGAAUCACUGGUGUAAAAACUGUAACGUCACCUCCGGCUCCAUGUUUGAUUUUUUUACACACUUGCACAGCAAAAUGCACUGGAAGACGCUGGACCCUUACGAGAGGCCUUGGGCUUCUUCGCCAUCCGAAGUUAUGAGGAAAACACCAAUAGAAGAGAAGCAAACAAAGCCAGCCAAAGGUUCUGAGUUCUUACUUCCUGUCCGAGGAUUUUUCUGUCUGCUGUGUAAAAAAUUCUUUGGAGAUGCCAUCUGUGCAGAAGAGCACACCACCACUCACUUUCACAAUGACUGCUACAAGAAAAAAAUGUACGAGAAUCCACUGUAUGAGCAGAGGAGGAACUUGGACCGGCAAGCUGGACUGGUCUCUGACGUGACUGGAAAGAAACGCAAAAAUGAGGAGGACAAAAUGGGCAAAAUCAAAGCCAAAAAGGAGAAAAAAGAUGAAGAGGAGGUUCAGUGUGAUGAUAUGUUGAAAGUUGAAAAGGAGGAAGAGAAGCCAAAAGCUCUGAAGAAAGAGGAUGAGCUUAAAACAAGCAAGUCUCGAGAUGAGCGUAGCCCUUCUCAUGGCAAGAAAAAUGAGGAUGAAAAGUAUGAGUCUAAGAAGAAAGAAAAGUAUUAUUCUAGCACAGAAGAAGAGGAGAGGCCCAAAUACAGCAGAAGAGUUGAGGAGGAGCAUUGUAAACAAAGCCAUGAAGGCCGUCGUUAUCGGCAUCACAGACAAGAAGAGGAUCACUAUGACAAAUGGCCUCGAUAUGACACAAGAGACGAGAACAGGCACAAAUCGGCAAAAUAUUUAGAGAGCCGAUCCAAACAUGAGCAUGAACGAGAUGACAGGGAAGCGGAGAAGGACACUUUGAAAAAGUCUGAAGGCACACCAGAGUUCAACAAGCCACCAAGGCCCCCCUACGGACCGCCCAAAAUCCUUUCUGGGCCUAGUCCGGCCAUGAGAGCUAAACUCCGCAAACAGAGCCUAGAAGCCGCCAAGUCCAUGGUGACCUCCUUCGGGAAGUUUACUUGGAGGAAAAAGGAGAGUCAGCUGGUUGUUGAUGCCCAGAAAGUGGCUGCCCAGUUCAUCAAGGAGGAUGAAGAAGCUGCCAAAUGUAGACCCACCGAAGACCCGUUUUUAAAGUCUGUGGCUGUUGCAAAGGAAAUUGCUCAGAAGUUACGAGAUAAAAGCGACACGCCACAGCCAUGGGCGUCAGCAGGUGCCAACCAAUCACAAAUCCGACCCAACCUCCCUGCCCCUGCCUCAGUACUGGGGCCAACAUUCACGACACCAAAACCUGCGCCGUUCAUAAGGCCCCAGCGCUCAGGUGGUCCACUGGCCCCUACAAACAGCAGCUUCCCAGCUUCUAACAUAAGGUAUGGUCCUCAUGCUUUUGUGCCUCGUCCUGUCCCACCUGUGUCCCAAUGUGUUCCACGUUUUGCUAGUCCUGGCCCAUCAGUCCCCAGACCAUCUCCAGCUGUGGCUCAGCCUGCCCCGUUGGUCCCCAAAGCAGCUUCGCUCGUGUCAAGUCCUGCCUUGUCAGUUUCUAAAGCAGCGCCACCUGAGUCUCCAUUGCUCCCCACUGCUGCUCCGCCGCUGUCUGGGCCAGAGCCAUUGGUGGUUAACCCGGCUCCUCAAGUAUGGAAGCCCAACACGGCAGACGUUGGUCCAUCUGAAACACCAACAACGGCAAACAUGGAGCCAGAUGUGGCAGCUCCUGGUGUCCCUGAGAGUGAGCAAACACGGGCUGUGUUUGUCAAGCCUCCACCAUUAUUCAACAAGGCAGAUGGAGCUCAGAGGUCUGAGAAACCAAAAAGUAACCUGGCUGCAGCUAAAGCCCAGGACUUAUUUGGCAUCUUGUACAGCAGUAUGAAUAAGCCAGGACCCUUAUCGUUAGCAAAGUCAACUACAGUCAACAAAGGUGACAGUAGUAGCACCCAGUCCAGUAGUAGUACAUGUCCAACAGGACGAACUCCACAACCUUCCAACACACCUGAGCAGACUGAAAAUGGAAUGCCACAAAACCCAAAACACCAGUCCCAGUCAGAUAUUCACAUUGAAUCUGUAUGGUCUUUACAGACUGGCCCUGACUUAGCACCAGAGGGGGUUCUGAGUCAACAUGAUCAUGAACCUGCUAAGAUAGAACCCACAUCUCAAAGUCAGCAUGAAGUACAACCAGUUUCUGAAUCCAAACUACAUGAUGAUACCCCAAUCCAGGACUUUCCAGAACCCCUCCAAGAAACACCUCUAGUAACUGAGCCUAAAUACACGCCUUGUCGUAGAACUCGAGGAAAAACUGCUCAAAGGAAAACUCCUCCCCGUCUAUCCCAUGUCCGUCAAACCCGAUCCCAAACUAGAUCCCCAACCAGACAGCAGCAUUUUCAGGGCCAGUCUGAUUCAGACCCAGCUUCAGGAGAUUCUGACUUGAUCAUCUCAGAGUUGUCAGAUCACUGCUCUAAGUCACACAAAGAUGGCGAGUCACCAAGCAAGGAGAACCCUCAAGUGAUGGAAACAACAGCUGAAAAUGUGGACAUGACCCUUCCAGACUCCCAGUUGACCUUGAGUGAGAAGGGGUCAGAGUGACAAUCAGUGAUGGUGGUGGGUUCAUUAAAUGAAAGUUUCUAAGACCAUGGAUCGACUUGAACCACUUGGACUUUUUUUUGUUGUUGUUGUUGUUUAGAAUGGUUUGUCUCAGAACAUUCUUGUUCUUGAUCCAAGAUUCCAUUAAAGACUUUGCCCUUAGUUACCCAGGCAUUGGUCCAGUACCGACAGACCAAUUUUGUGGUUGCCUUCAUAUUAAUAAAAUACAUUUGUCAUUCCAAAGUAAAAGAAAAUACUGUAAGAUUCCAAUGAAGAGCGUUUUCCCCCCAUCAAGUUCGGGUUCACUGUUUAAUUUUGUUCUGCCAGUCGCUUUGUCCUGCUGGUCGUAGAUUACUUAGGCUAAAUUUUACCUGGAGGUCUCCAUUGAGGAGUUCUGACAAAUGAUGGCACGCCCGCCAACUUAGUCCAGUAAAUUGAUGUUUUGCGGAUUCAGUAAGGAUUGAGUUCCCUCGAUGUAAGUCACAUCUGCUUGUCUUGUAAGUUGUUUUUUAUUAAAAGUUCCUUUGGGAAAAACUGCUGCACACGUGAUUUAAACACAGUUUAGAUGCAUGGUUUCUUUACGGUGACUUAGGAAAAUUAACCUUCAAUUUCGUUGUACCUGUUAGAAUGACAAUAAAGACAUUCUCUUCUAUUCAGCACUGAAAAGGAAAAACCUCAGUCAUCAUUUAUCAAUAGUACCUGUGGAAAACGAUGAUCUUGAAUGCUUAGUUCAUAAUCAUAUAUAUACUUGGCAUCAGCAAAUCAUGUUAGCAAAUUCUGAUGUAAUUGUGUGGGAGGGUGAAAUGAUAGAAAAGAGCUGCAGU